AUGUUUAAAUCGCUGACAAUAAGAUUCAACAAGGUGAAGCCUAGUGAAGGGAGCGAUGAGAAUAAACAAGGUUCUGAUCCAAGCAGUGAGUCACAGCAACCCACGAGACAGGGAGAAAACAAAAAUGAAAACAAAUCUCUCAAAACCAAGAUGCCCCCAGUUUCAGCUGAAGAGUCAGACACCAACAUUCAAGAUAAAACCUGUGAGAAAAAUACACUCGAAGACAAGACCACAAACCCUGACUCUCAAAAUCCAGCAGAAUCAACUGGAACAAAGCCAGAGCAGAAGGAAAUGGGGACUGGGAAAGAAGAUCCUAUAUUAAAAGCCCCUGUUAUUAACAAGUAUGCCGAUGCCCAACUACACAACCUAGUGAGGAGAUUGCAUCACAGAACAGAUUUCUACAAGAGAAAGUUGGUGGAAGGUGAUAUGUCCUCACCUGAAGGCAGCCCCCAAACUGCAAAGCCCACAGUUGUAUCAUCAACACAAGAAAGCAGUGCUAAACUAAAAGAAGAACAUUAUCAAAAGGUGCCUCUGACAGAGUACCUAAAGCGAAUCAGACCUCCAAAAAGCAUAGAUUCAUACACAGAUCGAUUCUAUCUCCUGUGGCUCUUACUUGUCACCAUUGCCUUUAACUGGAACUGCUGGUUUAUACCGCUGCACAUCAUCUUCCCAUAUCAAACACCAAACAACGCACGCUACUGGCUUAUUAUGGACAUCAUAUGUGAUACCAUCUACCUUUUCGAUUUGCUGUUAAUCCAGCCCAGACUCCAGCCCAGAGGAGGAGACAUAAUAGUGGAAUCAAAUGAACUAAAGAGACACUACAGGAGUUCUACAAAAUUUCAGUUGGAUGUGGCAUCAAUAAUGCCAUUUGACGUUUUCUACCUCUUCUUUGGGUUUAAUCCAAUAUUUAGGACAAAUAGGAUGUUAAAGUACACUUCAUUUUUUGAGUUUAAUCAUCACCUAGAGUCUAUAAUGAACAAGGCCUAUAUCUACAGAGUCAUUCGAACAACUGGAUACUUGCUCUUUACUCUGCACAUGAAUGCCUGUAUGUAUUAUUGGGCUUCAAACUAUGAAGGAAUUGGAACUACUAUAUGGGUGUAUGAUGGUGAAGGAAACAAGUAUCUGAGAUGUUAUUAUUGGGCAGUUCGAACUUUAAUUACCAUUGGGGGCCUUCCAGAACCACAAACUUCAUUUGAAAUUGUUUUUCAACUGUUGAAUUUUUUUUCUGGAGUUUUUGUGUUCUCCAGCUUAAUUGGUCAGAUGCAAGAUGUAAUUGGGGCAGCUACAGCCAAUCAGAACAACUUCCACAUCUGCAUGGAUCGCACCAUUGCCUACAUGAACACUUAUUCCAUUCCUAAGAUUGUGCAGAAUCGGGUCAGGACUUGGUAUGAAUAUACAUGGGACUCUCAAAGAAUGCUAGAUGAAUCCGACCUACUUGAGACACUGCCAACUACAAUGCAGUUAGCCCUCACCAUUGAUGUGAACUUCAGCAUCAUCAGCAAAGUCGACUUGCUCAAGGGUUGUGAUACACAGAUGAUUUAUGACAUGUUGCUAAGAUUGAAAUCCAUUGUCUCUGGUGACUUUGUCUGCAAAAAGGGAGAGAUUGGCAAGGAAAUGUAUAUCAUUAAGCAAGGAGAAGUCCAAGUUCUUGGAGGAGCUGAUGGCACACAAGUUCUGGUUACUCUGAAAGCUGGGGCAGUGUUUGGAGAAAUCAGCCUUCUAGCAGCAAGAGGAGGAAACCGUAGAACUGCCAACGUGGUGGCCCAUGGCUUUGCCAAUCUUUUAACUCUGGGCAAAAGGACCCUCCAAGAAAUUCUAGUGCAUUAUCCAGAUUCUGAAAAGCUCCUCAUGAAGAAAGCCAGAGUGCUUCUAAAGAACAAGGCUCCAGGCACAGGGACAACUUGUCCAAAUAAAGGACUUGCCUUUCUCUUCCCACCAAAACAAGAGACACCCAAAAUGUUUAAAGCUCUCCUAGGAGGCUCAGGAAAAGCAGGUCUUGCAAGACUACUCACACUGAAGAGAGAACAAACUGUUCUGAAAAAAAGUGAAAACUCCGAAGCAGAAGAGGAUAAAGGAAAAAAAUAAGAAGGUAAAGGAAGAGAGCCAGCAGAGAAACCACUUGAAACAUCCAAAUGUCGAACAAGUUCUAUUACAGCAGAGGAAGUGCACCAGUCAAUUAGAAGGGCAGUUUUACCCAGAGGAACUACCCGUCAAUCACUCAUCAUCAGCAUGGCUCCUUCUGAGGAGGCUGGGGAAGAGGUUCUGAUGAUUGAAGUCAAAGAAAAGGCUAAGCCAUAAAUGUUUGAUUAUCUUUAGAUACAAUCUAGUUAGUUCCCAAAGAGAUU